UCCUUUUACUCUUAUACUCCAAAAUAAAAUCCAGUGCAAGCAGUUGUCUUAAAAAGGCAGUAUCAGAGAAAACUGUGUACCUGCACAUGACUGCGUGGCACAACAAAGAGCAUGAGGUUCAAGGAGAGCGUCAAUGAAGAGGAAAUCAUAAGAUCACUCACAAGCUGUCAAGCUACAGACAUGAAGCGAAUGCUUUGGCUGCCUUUCCUGCUUAUGGACCUGGCCGGGACAGGACACGCACAAAAAUCAGAGAUAUGCUUGUUUCAGCAGCAAAAGUUGAUGUGGAAAAAUAUAGGUGAAAAAGCUGUUCUAAAUUGCAGCAUUAAUUCACGCUGUUCAGCUGGAGACCUGGAGUUUGAAUGGUUUGUCGUUAAAAAGGAUUCGCAUACGCGUCUUAUGCAGACUCCUGGGUAUAACAUAGAUAAAAAUCUUUUACACAUCAAGUCUGUUAAUGGCAACGACACUGGGCUUUACCUCUGUGCUGCAAAAGAGGCAAAAUGCUGCCAACCCUUUGUAGGAAAUGGGACACUUCUUGUAGUGGGAGGAAGACCUAAGGUAAUGCUGUGGAGGAUUCUUGUGUGGGUGUUAUUUACCCUCUUAGCCAUCUACAGCUUGGCUUUGGUUACACUCAUUAUUGUAAGGAAGCAUGACUGUAACUUGACCUUCAGCAAAAAGAGCUCUAAAACCGAAAAGCAGAAUAGCUUAAGGAAGAAAACACAGUUCAGAGAUGUACUGCAAGAACUCCACAGCAGGUCGAUUGUGAGCAAAAGGAAACAAAGCACAAGAGGAAAUGGUUCCCAAGUUGGGGUAGUAAGUGGGAACGGCAACAUCUCUACCGACGACAUCUACCAAAAUGUCUAAUGGUCAUCUCACCCUGUUAAAUAACAGCUUCAGUAGGAUGUUACAAAGCUAUGAAACAUGUCUGACGAGACUGUUCUGUUGCAAAUGGAAGGACAAAUGAGUCCUUCCAUUUGCUCAAGUUUACCAAUGAAAUUAGACAUUUACUGCACAGUAAUGAUGCCGACUCAGUGUCUUCAGCAGCGUCACAAUGACUGUCUCUUUCCAUAGUACUGUUCAAACUUUCUGCUCAGAUGAACUCGUCCAUGCAAGUUUAUUCUUGAGCUGUAAUUGGAGGCAUUUAUGCAGCACAGAACAGAGGAUUAAAUGAGAAAUUGUUUUAAGCAGUCAACAUAGAUCCAAAAGUUGAACAUGGCACACAUACUUAUGUAAUAGGUGGUUUUAAAUAGAAACAUUAGUAAAAUAAAACAUUUUAACAGUGCUGUGCAAAGAUCCAACGAAAGUCUCAGAUUUUGUUGUAAGGUUGAUUUUUUUAUUUUAUUUUUUGAAUUUUUAAUUCAAUUUGUGAAUCUUAAAGUUCUUUCUCACUCUGUGAAUGAUUGACACUGUAUUGCCAAAAGUUUUGGUCACUUGCUUUUAAUAUGAACUUUGAUGAUGUCCCAUUUUAAUUGCAGAUUUAGGAGUUUGUUCAUUAAUUUUUUUUUUAACCAUUACUCCAGAAGUGCAUUAAUGAGUUCAGACACUGAUGUUGGACGAUUUUGGUCACAGCCUCAUUCAUCUUAAAGAUGUUCUGUCGGGCUGAGGUUGGUAAUCUAUGAAGGGUAGCCAAGCUUUUUCACACCAGACAAGAAUAUCCAUCACUUUAUGGAUUUUGGUUUAUGGUUUGGUGCCAAGUCACACAAGUGAACAUCUCAAAAUUAGUCCUACAGACAUUGUCUUAGUAUGAGGAGCUUCUUUCAGUUGAACUAAUAUCCCUUCUUCACCAAACCUUAAUCUUGACACAAAGUAGUCGGGGAAAAUAAAUUUGUUAUAAAAGUAUUACUGAUUAAACUUUAAAAAUUAUGUAUAUUUAUGUUAUUAAAUAUAUUUAUGUUAUUAAAGCUAAAGUUUAACCAGUAAUACUUUUACAACAAAUUUAUGUCAGAUUAUGAUUUUUUGGUUAAUGUCAAGACAUUUUGAAUAAUGUCAAUUUAGGAUUAAAAGUGUCAUGAUUUACCAAAUGACACUUUGUAACAACAGUCAGACAUAUUCCUGAAGAUUUACUCAUGUUCAUGACAGUUGUUAUGUCAUGUUUAUGACGGUGUCAUGACAGUCUUAUUCACAACCUGUCAAAGAAAGUGUUAACCUUUUUUCCUUUUAUAAUCUGGUGCUGCUGCAAUACAAAGAUUUCAUGUUGUACUUUAAAAUGCUUUCUGUUGUGCAUUUGUGAUAUCUGAUCAGCAGUUUCAGUAGAAAGUUUGGUUUUUUUAACUUCCUCUUUGAGAACUUAAAACUGGUCACACUCCAUGUUCCCUCUGUGUUACAAAGCACUGGACUAUGACAAUAAUUUGUCUAUUUUGGAGUUCAAAAUCAGGUUGUUAGCAUCAAACGUGGUUAGGUUCUGAACCUAUCCUUCAUAUGCUGUAUGCAUAUCAGCCAGAAGAGCUGUUGCCCAUAGAGACACACCAGGAAGUCUGGCUCCUGGUAGGUAAAACAAUAGAAAAAUAAAGACUACCUCGGGGAAUUUUGCUUGUUACUUUAAGAAUCAUGUUUAAAAUUAGAAAUAUGUUUAAAAUCUCUUUAUAAUACCUCAAUGAUUUUAACAAAUAAACACAGAACAGGUUGAUAUUGGCAUUAUAAAAUAUCAUCUUUAUUGUAUCAGUUUAUAUUAGGUAUCCCUCAACUCUGAUAACAAUUCAGCUGUGUAGCCUCCAGUCAGUGUACUUUUAAAGUUUCAUAUGCAUACACAACACACAUUCAUUCAGGAUAAAUUUCAUUUGACAUAUACGUCUCCUACAAAGGAAUGGUUCUAAUCCAUUUUCGAAUCAAAUCUGGUUUUUCAUUUUUGUUUCUGCAAUUUAUUUUUAAUCACAGUGACAUUUCCUACUAAACUUUUUUCCUUUGAAACUGUGUACUGCAUGAUUUCACUUGUAAGUUAUAUUCACAAAGGUCUUCAUCUUUCAUGUUUUUUUUUUUUGUGUACAUUUUCAUUCCGUUUCUUCAAGGUAAAUAAAGAUCAAUCUAUUUUUACACACAUGCUGGAGUGUGUUGUCAAUAUUACAUGCAACUGAGCUCACUGUCAUUUAUUAUAAAAAAUAACCUGCAUUGUU